AUGGAAUGCACGAAUAAGCGAAAAGCGGAAAUGCGAAUGGACAAGGGUCUUCCACCGCUAAAUCCGUACUAUUGCCGCAAUUUUAUGCACAAGGACUGUUUCUUCAGCUCAAUUUACUGGGCUUCAAUGCGACGACAUUACGAAUCUAAGCAUCCUGAGACUCCACUGACCCUUCCUCCUUUGAAAAUGCGCCACGCAUGCGAAUGUGGAAAGACUUUUCUUGAGCCAAAUCGUCUUCAGGAACACAUGAAGUCCCAAAAACACAUGUACCAACCAGACAAAAACAAAGUCCCCUACGAAAACGACGACUCGGUCACCCACUGGCAAGACCUUGUUGACAUGGAGGAAGCCUAA